CAUGCGUCACUGAUUAGUCCGGAGCAAAGUAGAUGUCAACUGCACGGGCGAAUAGUCCCAGGUAGCAAAAUUCACUAACGGUUCGGGGAAUAUGUUUGGGGAUCACUUAUGACUGAAAACAUAGAGCUAUAUUAGCUGCCGAGCUGGAUUUUACUUCUGACAGAUUGGAAAAACCCGUAGUAUAAUGGACCAAGAUUUUGUGGACAUAGAUUCUGAGGGCCGGUGGCAAAACCUAUACGUUGAAAUACGCAACCAGUCCCACGAAUGUCCUUACAAAGUGGCGAAAUAUCCAGAAAAUAGGAAUCGCAAUCGAUACAGAGAUGUCAGCCCAUUUGAUCACAGUCGAGUCAAACUAGAAAACACAGAAAAUGAUUACAUCAAUGCCAGUUUAGUGAUGAUGGAGGAAGCCCAAAGAAGUUACAUUUUAACUCAGGGUCCACUGCGGAACACAUGUGGCCACUUCUGGCUGAUGAUCUGGGAGCAGAAGACCAAAGCCAUCGUCAUGCUAAACCGUGUCAUUGAGAAGGGAUCGGAGAAGUGUGCUCAGUACUGGCCGACUCAGGAGGAGCAUGACACGACCUUUAGGGACACACGCUUCAAGGUGACACUUGUCUCAGAAGACGUGAAGUCCUAUUACACCACCAGAGUGCUGGAGUUGCAAAAUAUCACUACGGGAGAGACGAGGCAGCUGUAUCACUUCCAUUACACCACCUGGCCAGACUUUGGUGUCCCAGAAUCCCCUGCUUCCUUCCUCAAUUUCCUGUUUAAGGUGCGCGAGUCGGACGCUCUCGGCUCAGACUGUGGACCGGCAGUUGUUCACUGUAGCGCAGGUAUCGGCCGAUCCGGAACCUUCUCCCUGGUAGACACCUGCCUGGUUCUUAUGGAAAAGCGGAAGGACCCAGCGUCAGUGGACAUCAAAAAGAUCCUUCUGGACAUGAGACAAUACCGCAUGGGCCUGAUUCAGACAGCCGACCAGCUCCGCUUCUCCUACAUGGCUGUGAUGGAGGGAGCCAAGUGCACCGUGGGAGACUCCUCAGUGCAGAAACGGUGGAAAGAGCUCUCCAGAGAAGACCACGAGCCUACGUCUGACUCCCCACCCCCAGCCCAGGCCUCCAAGACCCCUUCAGACAAACACAAUGGCUGCCAGCUCUCCUGUUCGGAGGAGAGGGCCGAUGGGGAGGCGGGCAAGCGGACGGGGACGGGGACGGAUGCACCCAGCAAGGAACAGGAAUCGGAUGGAGCGAUGGGAAACGGGAGGAAGCGCCAGCGGGACGAGAGACUGUCCAACUCCACGCAGAAGACUCCACAGAAGCAGACCAAGCCCAGACUGGGAGAUUCAGAGAAGAAGAGGAAAAGUCUGGCCUGCAUUUGCUGCACAUGACACACGGAGACAGGGGGAGAGGUCCUGUUGGGUGCCGUGUUACAGUUGCGUCUUGAAGAUUAUUUUAUGAGGAGCGAUUGGCCCUGGGUUUUGCCUGAGCCACCCAGAGCUGUACGUGAGCGGAAGGUUGUUGGCGUGUGGUUGGUGUGUGUUUCAUGUGCCAUAGCCAUGUGUUGCUUCUGUCCGUGUGUGUGUGUGUGUGUGUGUGUGUGUGUGUGUUUGUUGGGCCUCUGGCUGUGUACAAAACAAAUUUGUUCAUAGCGUAUAUCUCUCUACUUCUAAGCCUUUUUCAUUCAAACUAUACAGCUCUACACCUUACUUUGGCAAAACCAUAUAAAUGUCAGUAAAAAAAUCUUUUAUUAAAUUGCUAUAGAUUUCCUACAGCAAACAUAUAUAGCUUGUCCAAUAUAAAUGACAAUCUCCUCCUAGAAAGAAAAUGUGUAGACCAUACUUUCAUAACUUUUAGCAUAAUAAUUGAAAGUGCUGCUAGCAGUAUCCUUCAUGGCACCAUAUUCUGGCCUGAUAACUGUCCUAUAUCUCGUUGUCAUUUAAGGAUGAGAACUGUUAUUCAGUAGACCUACGUGUGGGUUUGCAAGCGCACCAUGUUGGUGGUGCAGUGCAGCUGGCUGCAUAAUAUGAAACAUCAGAUGUGUGUACAUUUGAGCAGCAUAUGAAACUGGAAAUCACCAGUUUUAGGCAGAAGGGUUUCCUAAAGAUGUUAGUCUUUCGGCAGCCUUUGUUUCAAGUUUGACCUCCACUGUUGAGCUCCUUCUGUGAGGGUCUAGUGUGUGUGUGUGUGUGUGUGAGCACAUGUAUAGUUUAGGCAAAAAUGACCCAUUUAGACAUUACCAAACAUACAUUUUCUUUUUUAGAUUUUCAGAUCGGCCGUUUUAAAUCAUUCCAGUCCUCAUUGGCUGCAUGGUGUGUGUGUUUUGGUCAUUCCUUCUGCUGGAGACAUAGGGCUUCAGAGAGGGUCUGUAACGGGGACAGAACAGUUUGUUUUGGGUUUGCUCUAUCCAAACAUUCCCUUAUUGGCCUCCAGGCCGGAGCUGUCAGUGAGGUAAAGCAAGGCAUUUUGACAGCAUGACUGACUGACUGGGUUAACUCUGAGGAAAGUUUAUCAUGCAAGUCAUAGCUGUAGGUUGAGCACUGAACGAUGGGACCGUUCUGCUUUCAGUGCAUUUGUCUCUGCUGUUGCUUGCGCUUAUCUUGCAUACCCAAGAAACGAGAGGGUUCUGCAUGCCUCUUAGUCAUCCAUCCUGUACUGUCAUGCUAGUCAUUUUACCAGAAGUGUGCAUCAGAUCCGUCUGCCGGGUGUUUGUGUGUGGAGUGUGGAGCCUCGCCUCAGGCCAGCUGCCUGAGGGGAUUCUUCAGGAUUGAGAUUGAGACGCAGCACUGUUGUAAUGCUUGUGUGUAUCUGGUGUCCAGCUAGUGAUGCGGGGGGCCAGUUUUCACCUCAGCUCCUGGCAUCUCUUCCCUGCAUGCAUUCAGGUCACUCAAUGCUCAGGAUCAACUGGGUGCACCUGAUUCUUGAGCCGCCUAAAACAUGCAGCAUCCACUGUCACGGCCACUCUCAUUCAACCUUUGGACCCUCGUGGCCUACUCCUGCAUCACCGUCUAGAGAUGCUGGGGCAAUUGCUCUGUCGGUUAGCAUUGGGCUAGCUUAGCUGCGCUUUAGAACUGUACUCCUUCAAGCAGAACUUUCAGAGUUCAACACGCUGCUGAACGUGACUGCUGUGUUCAAAAUGUUUUUUAAAAAGGCUUGGGUCCAACUGAUGCGCUGCUAAACCGUCUGAAACCCAGCACUACGGUAUCCAUGUUUUACAGUUAAUGCCACUUAUUGAUAUCAAUAAUUAAGGUAGCCAUGCAAGUAUCAAUAUACUAUUGAGGCCUAUAUGCUUAUAACAUCAAUCAACAUCGCAUCCACCAAACAAAGUAUUUUUAAGUAAGUAAUAUAGGUAUCUGUUCCAUUAUCAUGUCGGUUCUCCACAAUGGGAAGCAUCAGAAGGAAUAGUUUAAGUAAUAGGCUACCUAAAGUCAUUUGGGGAUCCUCAAAUUUGAUGGAACAGUCUAGGCCAAUGUGGCUUGUGUUUGAAGGUCACAUCAAAUUAAACAGCCAGCCAAUAAAUCAAUAUUCACAGUGGCGCUUGAUGUCUGCAUGGUGAAUAAAGAAAGCGCUAUUUGCAUUUGGCCAUUCUUCGUGAGAAGAGAAACCAUCCUACGGUUGCUGUUAUGUAAAGUAAUAGGCCUAUAGCAUUUCAUUCACACAGCUAAAGUAGUACUAAAAGAGGACACCGGCCUACAUGGGUAAAGACACACAUAGCCUACAAGCCUGUCUUUGUGUUAGGCCCAUUCCAUCCAUAUCGGUCUAAUCUCUCCUUAACCCAUCACCGUAACAUGCGGGUGUCAAACUCUUAAACGCAGCUAAGCUAACCACAGAGCAAUUGCCCCACGAUGACUAUCAGUUUGAA